AUGGAGCAGCAACUAGUCUCUGAUGAAGGUUUGGCCGUUCUUGUGCCCAUCGUGGUGUAUUGGGCAUAUUGUGGCCUGCAUGCAACGCUUGGGCAGUCCAUGUAUAUGGACAGAUACAGGCUGCACCCAAGCAGCCAUGAAGAUAGCAAGAACCGUGUGUCCAAGCGACAGGUCAUCAGCAACGUCCUCAAGCAGCAGCUCCUGCAGGUUGCCAUGGUGACCAUGGUCAUGAUGUUCAAGGUGAAAGGAGAUCAGAGCGCCAAAGCAUCAUCGUCGGUGCAGACCUCGUAUCUGAAGUUAGCCAGCCAAAUGGCGGUGGCCAUGGUGUGGUUCGACGUGUGGCAGUACGCAUGCCACCGGACCAUGACCAAAAUUUCCGCAUUGCUGCUCGCAGUGCACCCGUAUGAUCACAACGGAGCAAGGCAUGUUCAGUCGACUCAGUUUCUUUGCCACAUAUUUCGCAGCAACCAACACUUAUAA